CCAUCGGAUCCCGAGCGCGCGCGUGCCCCCACCGCAGGUGGCGCGCCCCCCGCGCCCCUCCCGUCCUCACAUCCACCACCACUCCGCCGCUACUUCACUGCGCUCGCUCGUGAAGCGUCUCGCCGCCCCGACACGAUCCACCACCCACCCAUUCCCCCCCGCGCCCCGCGUCCGCCACCGCCAUGUCGUCGCCGUCCGCGCACAGCCUCCGCCUCCCGCUCCGCCCGGCGCCUCUCUCCCGCGCUCGCGCACCCGCCGCCGCGGCGGCGGGCUCCUCCCUCGCGCCCUCGCCGUCGUCACGCGCCGCGCUGCUCCUUAAACCCCUCGCGGCGGCGCCGUACCGCCAUCAGCCCGCGCUCCUCCUCCACCAGCGGCGCCGGCAUGGGCCGCCAGCGGUCGCCGCGACCGCCACCUCCAAGCCGGUCCUCAAGGACCCGAAGAAGUACCAGGAGUGGGACUCCGUCACCGCCAAGUUCGCCGGCGCGGCCAACGUCCCCUUCCUCCUGCUCCAGCUCCCGCAGAUCGCCCUCAACGCCCGCAACCUCCUCGCCGGCAACAAGACCGCUCUCUUCGCCGUCCCGUGGCUCGGAAUGCUCACUGGUCUGCUCGGGAAUCUCUCUCUGCUCUCCUAUUUCGCCAAGAAGAAGGAGACGGAGGCUGCCAUCGUGCAAACUCUGGGCGUUAUCUCCACCUAUGCGGUCCUCGUGCAGCUUGCCAUGGCAGAGUCCAUGCCGGUGCCGCAGUUUGUGGCCACUUCAGUCGUCGUGGCCGCAGGGCUCAUCCUUAACCUCCUCAAUUACCUAGGGUGGCUCCCUGGAACCCUCUGGCUGCUGUGGGAGGAUUUCAUCACAGUCGGUGGCCUUGCCGUGCUCCCUCAGGUCAUGUGGUCAACAUUUGUUCCCUUCAUCCCCAAUAGCGUACUGCCUGGCAUAAUCUCUGGUUCGGUGGCUCUUGCAGCUGUUGCAAUGGCAAGGAUGAGCAAGCUUUCUGAUGCAGGGAUUAAGUUUGUUGGGUCAUUGUCUGGUUGGACAGCCACACUUCUAUUCAUGUGGAUGCCAGUGGCACAGAUGUGGACAAAUUACCUCAACCCAAGUAACAUCAAAGGGUUGUCAGCUUUCAGCAUGUUGCUUGCAAUGCUUGGAAAUGGACUUAUGAUUCCUCGUGCUGUAUUCAUCCGUGAUUUGAUGUGGUUCACAGGUUCUAUUUGGGCAUCUGUCCUACAGGGUUGGGGUAACUUGGCAUGCAUGUACUGCUUCGAAAGCAUCAGCAGAGAAUUUUUCUUUGCAACAACAUCUGGGCUCUUUCUAUGGCUAGGAUUCACUUUCUGGAGAGAUACCAUUGCCUAUGGCAACAGCUCGCCCUUGACUUCUUUGAAGGAGCUGGUUUUCGGGAAGUGAUAAGCCGUCAGCAACUUCAUUUAUCUUGUGCCUGAAGCAACUGUUCCCGGGAUGGAAGCUCUCUUGCAAUAAUUCAUGGGGCGACUGUCAAGAACGGUGGUUCAGUUACCCUCCUUUGGUCUAAAGAACGGUGGUUCAGUCUUGGCAUUUUUGAGGUGAAACCGUGAACACUGGUCAGCUGAGGCUAUAAACAUUACAAUGGCCGCUGUGAAAUACUGAAAUGGAGCCCCAACUUAUCCAGCCUGCAGAAAGCGCCAUGUGCCUCUACAGAAGCGACCGAGUGACCAGCUUGUACAUCCGGCAGGGUGGGUACAGUCGCAAGCUAGCACUAGUAGAUGUAAGAAAAAGAUUAUAAUAUCCAUCCCUUCUUGUCUUCAAAAAAAUUUCAGUUCCUUUUCUUCAAAUGAAUAAGAUUUCAGCCCUUGCUGUUGCAACAGCUACUGCUGUUCUGGACCAUCAUACUUUGUGAACAGUUGUUUUUUCAGAGGUGUAUUAGCACUGAA